UCAGACCUCAGAUUCAGUCUGAAUGAACAGCUCAAAGCGAACACAUCUUCAUCAACAGCAAACUAAUUCAGCAGCAGUCGAUCAGAGCUCAACAGGCGCUGCUCAGUGAGCUGCUGUUGGUUGCCGUGACAAUGGUCAGCGCCGUCCUGAGGAUGAUGGGAAACCUUUCUGUGUUGACUCGUCCAAAAGAAAUCCUGAAGGAGACAAAGAAGACGAUCUACAGCAAACCUCCCAGAAACAAGAUCGGAGCCGCACAAAGUUUCUUCGUCAUGUCGGUGUUUGCAGUGGCCAUGUUGACUCCAGCUGCCUGGAUCCUUCAUCACCUGCCAGAGUACCGGCAGAGAUCAAAACAGAGUCCCAGAGACUGAUCAUCUUCAUCUUCAUCAUCACUUGCCAGAUGCCUGAGUCUCAAUUCAACUUUAUUUAUAUAACCAAACAUCACAAAUCACAAAUUUCUCUCAACGGGCUUCCCAUCCUGUACGGCAUCAGACAUCCUUUAUACUUAGACCCAGAGACUGAACUUCAUCAUCUUCAUCUUCAGCCCUGAUCACCUGCCAGAGGACAUGACAGAGUCCAAAGACCUGAACAUCAUCUUCAUCCUCCCCCUCCUCUUCCUCACCACAAACAGCUGGAGGAAGUUCACUAAUCAAUAUAUUAUAUUAGAACUUUAAUCAAUAAAUGUUUCAGAUAAAUAUUUCACAUUUAAUCAUCAAUAUUAAAGUUGAAUCAAAUAAAAUUAUUUAAUGUUGAAAUCCGGUUUUACAAAAUAAGUUUGAACACAUUUCAGUUUUAAUGAGACUGAAGCUUCUUCUAUUAUCACGUAAUAAAUAUUUAUUAUGACAUCAGAAAUUUUCAUUAUGGCACCUGUAGAAGAGAGCUGUCAUUUCAAAAUAAGAGCAGCAUGUCUCUCUCCUCAUGGGCCUUUAUUUUGUUAAAAAACAUUUCCACCAUGUUGAGCUGGGCGUUCGCUUCUUUCUGCUUCUCGCUGGUUAAAAACAGUAAAAACAAAGUUGUUCUGAUUUUUGUACAAACAGGAAGUGUUUGUGUGUUUGAAGACCAAAUAAAGCUCCAGUUUGUGUUUGAGCA